AUGGCUAACUCGGGCGUAUUCUCGUUGGCCCCGUACCACAUCAUCUCGUACGGGACCUUGCUUGGAACAACAUUCUUUCAUAGCUUCAUCAAUGGCACGACCAUGUUUCGCGUCCUGGAGCGGCCUUCGUUCUCCCUGGUGCAAUCCCACCUCUUUCCCAUCUACUUUACCCUUCAGACCGCCCUCCCUGCUGUCCUCGCUUUGACGUAUCCCGGAAGCAACAACCCGUUCGGAGUGGCUUCGGGAAUUGCGGGCAUUUUCGACGGGUCGAAACGCUAUUGCACCCUUCUCCCCAUCGCCGCCAUGUUCAUCACUGGUGCCCUCAACUUGUUUGUCCUCCUACCUGCUACUAAGAAAGUCAUGGCCGAGCGUCACGAUCAGGAGAAGAAGGACGGCAAGAAGAGCUACGACGCGGCCCCACAUUCCCAGGAGAUGCAGAAGCUGAACAAGCGCUUUGGUAAAGUGCAUGGUAUUUCAUCGCUGCUUAACCUGACGACCUUCUUUGCCGCUGUCGCAUAUGGCUUCACGCUGGCGUCGCGGAUCGCUUAG